UAUAAUUUAUAUUCAUAUAUAAAUAAAAUACAAUGUUUCAAACAAAAUAACAAAUACUCAUAUUUAUGUACAACAUUUAAAGUCAACACCUAAACUUUAUACUUAAGUUCAGCAAAUAAUAUCAACAUUUAACUUUUAAAUUCAUGAAAUUAAUCACAAUUAAUUUUUUAUUAAUUAAUUUCACUAAAACUUCAUUUGGUAUAUAGGUUCGAUUAUACCGGUGCUCUUCCACGUUGAUUUUAUGGAAGGGUUUAAUUUCUGGUUUUGAUUAAUUCUAAAUUUUCUUUCCUUUUUCUUUUUGUUCAAAAUUUUUAAAAAAAUGGAUAUAAGUGGGGAAAAAUCAAAAUUUUAAGUGAUUUGUGCCAACUUAGCGGUAAUGUGGCGCGUUAAUCAUUAGUCAACGCGUUUGACAGUCCAAUAUAACAGUCAAAUUUCGGGUUUGGCCAAUUUCAUAACUUUGAUGCAUAGUUUAGCCCACGAAAUUAUAGAUAAAAAAAUUAAUCAGAAUGUUUAAUAUGUGAAAGUUCGGCACAUACAAAUAUAUUAAUCCAAAUAGUAAUCUAAAAAGUAAUUAAUUUACCUCUCGCCACUGAAAUCGAGUAUGGGAGACCAAGACUCUCCAUGAAAGUGGCAAGCCCCAAAGUUUGUGGCCUAUGUAAUUGUAAGUUGAUAGUCAAAUGUUAUGAGAUGAGAAAAUUCUUAUCGUGUAACUUCCUUGCGAUAAAACAUUUAAAAUACGAUUAAUUGUGAUAACAGAAAGAAAAUAAACUAAUAAAGUUUGGGUUUCAAUGUUCUUCCAACAAGAAAACAAUGGGUUAAAGACACAUUUGGUCACUAAGAUUACUAAAUCGGGACAUAUUUAGUCACUAGAAAAGGUUAAUAUCAAAUUUGGUCACUAUAAUUACUAAAACAUGACACAUUUCGUCACUCGCCGUUAGUUGUCGUCCAACUCCGUUAACAGAGUCUGUUAUGUGCUGACGUGGCUAACGUGAGCGCCUAGUCAGCGCUUUUUUGGCCAGGAAAUGGUCAAACCCGACCCGACCCGCCACGUCAGACAUCCAACACAAACCAUUAACCCAACCCGACCUAGAAAUAAACCCUAACCCACUUAAAAAAACAAAUCAGUUUCCAUUUGCAGACCCAAAAACCCUUCUCCUUCCUCUGUCAUCCAAUCCCCACUCCACGACCACCCCCGCCAUGUCAGCCCAACCGCCGCCGUCGGCAAUCAUAAGUGCUUAACCCAUCUAAGAGAAUCACAAAUGUAAAGAAAAUCUCCUUUUCUCCAACCAAGCUCAUCCCUCUCUCUUUCUCCACUCUCUCCACAGUCUAACAAGUCACAACCACCAUUUCCCUCCUUCUUUCACAACUUCAAUUCGGUUCCAUGGCCUGCAAUUCCAACCACUGCGGCGGCUGCGCAAGAAAACAGAGUGACUAAUGGAAGGCAACAGUAGUAACAGUGCAGUAGGCAGAGCACUAAUGUACAACAAUGCUUCAUCAUCCGAGAGCCAGCAGAACCAUCUUUUCCGACAACAAUAAUCUCCAUUGGCUUCCCCAAACGGUAAUUUCAGCAAUUCCAAUGGCGGCCACCAGAUCCCCAGAUCUGAUUAUCACCACCACCAUAUAAAUCCUUACCCAACAACCUUCGUCCAGGCAAAUACCUCAACUUUCAAGCAAGUCGUCCAAAUUCUCACCGGAUCCGCCGACACAGCCAAACAAGCCUCCUCCCCAAGAUCCUCUGCCACCGCCGCCAGCGAUGAGGGGCAGCACCCAUUUCCCCAUUCCUCCCAUCAGAAGCAUACCUAACAAGAAACAACAGCAGCAGCAACUCUACGAGAGGAGGAGCAACAACUUCAAGCACCGUAGCCUCAUGAUCAACACUCUGCUUCUGGGCGCCGGACGUUUCGGCUUCCAUUCCAAUCUCAUCUCGUCUUCUUCCCCUUCCUCCGCCUUCGUUGCGGAGAUCUUGUCGUCGAGCUUGCUGGAUUUCCCCAAGCUUACGCUAAGCCAGUGACUCCGUUGAAUCAAGACACAUUCUUCCACAAUAACGGCGCCCUGUCACCCUGCCCCUCAUCGGCGGGGAACUGCAGCAGUAACAGCAGCUCAUCCUCGCCGUUGGAGGAGGAAGACCGGGCGAUUGCGGGAAAGGGAUUCUUUCUGCAUCUCUCUCCGGUGUCGACCCCGAGAGAAUCCGAGCCUCAGCUGCUGAAUCUAUUCCCUCUGACGUUGCCGAGGGCAGAGGAAUCGCAGCCCUGAAAAAUUUCUUUACAUCUGUGAUUCUGUUGGACGGCGGGGGUGGUCGUGGAGGUGGGAUUGGAUGACAGAGGAAGGAGAAGGAAACUGAUCAGUUUUGUUCUUUAAGUGGGUUAGGGUUUAUUUUUGGGUCGGGUUAAUGAUUUGGGUUGGAUGUCUGACGUGGCGGGUUUAGUGACGUGGCGGGUCCGGUUUGACCGUAUCCAGCCGAAAACGACGCUGACUAGGCGCUCAAGUUAGCCACGUCAGCACAUAACGGACUCUGUUAACGGAAUUGGACGGCAACUAACGGCGAGUGACUAAAUGUGUCCCGUUUUAGUAAUUACAGUGAUCAAAUUUGAUAUUAACAUUUUCUAGUGACUAAACAUAUCCUGAUUUAGUAAUCUCAGUGACCAAAUGUGUCUUUAACCCAGAAAACAAUAAUCAAAUUUCUAAUUUGUCACGAUGAGAUAAUGAAUUUAUUAUGAACAGUGGCGGACCUAAGGCAUUGCAGGGUGUGUCGUCCGACACACCCUCGCUCGAGAAUUUUACGAAGGACCUACAUAUUUUUGGUACAUAAUUUUUUACUUCAGGAUAGCCGACACACCCUCAAUAAUUAUAGCCGACACACCUUCAUUAUACUCGAAGAAAUUAUUAUUCAAAUG